CAGACUCAGAGCUUUUCCGGAAGAGGUCAGAGUAGGGUGCAGUCGUGAGGUUUCACAGCAUCACAGCACGGAUGGGUGCUUGGCUUUCCCAGGCAGCACAGGUGCCUGCAUAACUGUUGCGGGGUUUGUGUGAAGUGCUGAUGGCAGGCGUAACAGAAAAGAAGUUACCAUGGACCAACUUUCCAGGAUUUCCUUGACACUGGACUGCAAACUGGGAAGAAGGCAGUGAGGACUGGCAUGCAGGCAGGCACCUUCAACUUUUGCACCCAAUCAGACGAUUUACCUUCAGGCUCCAAUCCUAAGUUUAGAGCAACCUCUGUGUUGGACUAGGUUCUUCAGCCAAGCAGAAAGCUUCUAAUGCAGCUUUAACUAAAGAUGACUUCCUUGUUCACUCAGGAAAUUCGCCUGUCUAAAAGACAUGAAGAAAUAGUAUUGCAAAGAUUAAAGUUACUUCAACAAAUGAAGAGUAAAUUUGGAGAUAAAAACAAGGAGAAGGCAUCUCAGAUUCAAGCAGCUGAGGCUGCAUUUAAAAGGAACCUCAGUCUUUUAAAGGACAUAGAAGGAGCAGAAAAGUUUCUACAGGCCCGGAUUCACCCAUUUCCACCACCUGAAGUGGUUUCUCUUGAGACUCUUUACUGGGCAUCAGUAGAAGAAUAUAUCCCCAAAUGGAAACAGUUUCUUUUAGGAAGAGUACCAUAUCCUAUUGGUGUUGAAAAUCAAAAUGAAGCAGAAAAUGAAGCAGAAGUUAAGGCACCGCAGUAACUUCUUCACAUACUGUUUUAAAAAACCUGCUUAGUAAAGCUGAAUAUUAAAAAAUAUGCAGGUCACUGCAGGAAUUGUAGAAAUCAAAUGUAUUCAUGUUGUCCCAUUAACUCCUCAAUUGACAAAGACAUGAGAAUCUCCUGGCAAGUCUUGGGUUACCCCUUAGAGACCUACUACUAUUUCAAGGUCAUGCAUUCGCUAUCAAAUUCAUGCAAGUAUUAACAACUAAUAUUGAAAAAAAACUUAUAUUGAAAGGUGUACUGCUUAUUCAAUAAAUUGCUAAAUGAA